AUGGAUGGCAAAUUCGCUGCUGCACAUCUUGCAACCUUACAAAACGUUGUAAUACCACUUACCGAUGUUAUUGGAAACGCAACUAUUGGAAGUUACAGCGAAGUAAGAUGGCACGGGACUCUCUUCAAAGCAAAAAUUCUUUACGUCGGUACGAAAAGCGAUUGUGAGGAAAAAGCGCUGCAGUCAUCUGCAGAGGAGGAUUCAGUAGAAUUCAAGCCUGUGCCAGGAAUUAGCACUGACAGAACCGACGACCACCCGUCAUCUUUGAACUCGCUGAUGAUAGCCUCUAGUGAGAUAAUGAAUGAGGUGGCAGUGCGCAAUGAUGAGCUUCUAGCCGAUAUGUUACGUCACGGACUUAGCGAGGAGUUUCGUGCUUGGAGAGAGCAGACCACAGCUCUUUUGGAAGAAGCAGUGGCAUUGAACAGAGAAAUUCUGCGAAGGCUACCCGCACCUGUACAGACAAACUCAGAAGCUAUCAACUACGGCAUCGUCGAGCAAGAGAGGGUGGAGCGACUAAAGGAACUACGCAGUGAUAAUGUCUCGCAGUUUGCUCUUGAUUUGGAAAAAUUCGCUUACGAAGACGGUCAUCCCGACAUGCUGGAGCACGUGGAAAAUCGCUUUGCCACCGCGGAUCGAGUAGAAUUUAUACAGAAGUGUAUCUACAAGUACUACAACGUGCCACUUGAUGCCAGGAAGACUGCAUGGAAGACGGCGAAGAAUGCCCUGAACGCAAGAGCUCGUCAUAAGAGAAGGUUGAAAGCCAAUGGCGCCAUUUCCGAUGGAAGCAAACCUGGAAUCGCUGGUAUUCUUUAGCGACCUUAGUUCAUCUCAACUAUAUCAAACUGUGGAUCUCCGCCAUUACACAUCAUAUUCACAUUUUCUUGCCUUCUGAUGAUUAGGUCCCUACGAAAUUUGCAUAAUCAUUAUCUUCCCUCAUUAUCCUGUCUUUUAUGUUCACCAAAACAGUUUCUUAGUCAUUGUUACGGUUUUUCAU